GUCAUAAAGUGAACUCUUGAUAGAAAUCAAAAUGCUAGAGAUAACUUGUAAUGACAGAUUGGGGAAAAAAGUUAGAGUGAAGUGCAACAUAGAUGAUACCAUUGGUGAUUUAAAGAAAUUAAUAUCAGCACAGACUGGAACCAGAGCAGAUAAAAUAGUUCUUAAAAAAUGGUACACAAUAUUUAAAGACCAUAUAACAGUGGGAGACUAUGAAAUACAUGAUGGAAUGAACCUUGAACUUUACUAUCAGUGACCUUCACCUUUUGUAUGUCAUCCUCAUCCUUCAUUCUUAUUGGUUAAUCAACAUCAUGUGAUCAUUGGACAAUUUGUGAAUGAAUGAACAAAAGACAUUGCUUGACAUCCUUGCAGUCUUAAGUAAAAGUUUUGCAAAUUCAACUUGAAUUUGGAAAGAAAAUAUGUUUCAAAAAUAUGUUGUGGAAAAAUUAGGUCAAAGGUCAAAGUUGAAAUAAUUUGCAUAUGUACAGAUGUCAAGGACUUACAGAUGAACUACAGCAAAUGACAAGCAGGAAUGUUGAAAAUAUCUUUAUAAAACUUUGUAAAUAAACUUUUAUCUAUUA